CCCUAAUUGUACAGCCAUGGACAUCCUACUCCUUCUCCUCUCUGUCUCGUGCCCUAACCGCUUUGGCUCAAGCAUCUCGUGCCCGAAUCCGGCAGCGCUCUCGUGGCACAGGCACACCGUAGCUCGCCACAAACAACACGAUGACAUGAGGACCUCUGCCGCGGGCGUCGAGAACGCGAAGACGCGCUGCAGCCACGCUGGUCUCUGCGUAAGGUUCUGGCACGGCCUGAGCGGCGUGGUGCACAGAGCGCUCGCUGUGCUGGUGGUCGUUCUGACUUUGAGCGUGCUCGUAGCCGCAAUCGCGAGCGGUGGCAAGGGGACCGUCAAGAAGUGCGAGGACGAGGUGGACCCCUUCGUGCGCAUGACGCAUCUGGGCGCCGCGGAGGCGGCGGAAGCGCACCGCGGCAUCUUCGCCGUGCAGGUCGUGGCCAUGGCGGUCACCGCGCCAUCCGCGUUCAGCUUGCUCGCUUUCGCGGCCACGAGUCACAUGUGCAGAGUAGCAGAGUAUGCGGCCUGUCUGUGGUUGGAAGUGAUGACUUUCGCGAUGUACAGUUUCCUCCAGUGCAACGGUAUGAACGGGAUGCCAUUCGCCAUAUUUAGUGGAUUUCUGCUUCCCGUGAAUAUGUCACUAUUCUAUCUGCUGCUGCUGCGUCAGGUAAGGGCGUUGGAACGAAGUUCGUUUCUUGAUCUCGGCUCCCUGCGCCUUCGCCGAGUCAUGCUGGCUAUGUUAAUCUUCGCCAUGUCCGCGUUCAUCUGCAGCAGGUUCGCGCGCGGACCUUCAGGCCAUCCCUCGCGCAUCAUAAUGGGCACUCUCGUCUGGCUUGGGGAGGUAACGUUCUUGAUGGCGUUGGUCGUGUUCUUGCAGGCGUUCUGGCGAGUGCUGGCGAUGGCGCGCGAGACGCAGCGGCGAGGGGUGUCCACCGAGGAGAUCAAUAGCGCCCCUCGGGUUCUAAUAUUCCAGAUGGUGGGAUCAUCCAUGGCGGUCGUGAGCUUCUUCGUCGCACUCAUGGUCAGAAUGUGGGCAUCGGAUCUGGCUUGGCCAAUACCGGGGCGUCCUGUGGACGAGAGGACACCCGAGUUCUUGAUCGCGGUGCAGUGUGUAAGCUUGGUCGACACCACGUUGAACGCCUUUGCCGCCCUGGCUCUCAGUGGAGCUUGCUUCGGGGCACUCAGCGGAGGCUUGUCCACGAUCCGAUUGGCGCGUCAGCGCCACCGCACUUGGAAACAGUUUUCCGCGGAGUGGAACCCACAUACUGAUACGGACUGGAACGCCAAAGUCGCCGAGUUGGCCGGCAGGGGCUUCACGCUGCAGGCGCUGCUGGAGUUUUAUUGCAGGCUGGGCAAGGACGUGAUGCCGUACUUCGACCCUUCGAAGCACACCACGGAGGAUGUGGUCCGAGGCGCCAUCAUUCCACUGUCGGCAGAUAGCAAAACAUCUAUGGCUGAAAUCAUGAUGGGCCACAGCCCUGUGCAGCCCGACAAGAUGGUGACUCACAACUGGGGAAACAUCUUUGCCGAUCUGGUUGCGGCUAUUGUGUCAGACGCUCUUUCCGAGAGUGAGUACUGCAAGGUGGCGGCCCUGCUCAUUCACGACGUCAACACCCUUAUGAGGUGGGUUGCCCAGGCAAAAGUUGGAUCUCGAACGUACUGGGUAUGCGCCUUCUCGGUGAAUCAGCACACCAGCAUCUGCGCGACAAAUCUGUGUUCAAGGAGGGAUUCAGUGACGGGCGAACCCUACCCCCUCUGCCCAUGCGGCCUGCCGAAAACGUUCAACACCACGCCGUCUCUCCCGAGCGAUAGGCAGCGCUCGUCUACCAGGAGUGAGAUGAACAAGUUUGAUCAACUGAUGAUGUCUCUGUCAGCCGGCAACGACAAGUUCGCCCAGGUGGUUGCAGUCGACAGGCGCUUCGACAUCUUCAACCGGGCUUGGUGCGUGGCCGAGAUUGCCGCCGCCCACUCAACAGGCAUGUCCCAGUCGCUACGGCUGCCGUCCCUGCCCCACCUGGAGAAGAGGCAGGGCGGACUCGCCCGCCUGUCGAUCAGCAGCGCGCAGGCCAGCAUGCCACAGGAGAAGGAGGCGAUCUUGGGCAGCAUCCCAGACCACGAGGCAUUCGACCGCAGGCUUCGAGAAUUGCUGAUCGGGCAGCUGCUCCCGUCUUGGUCGAGGCUCGACUCGUGCGACCAGAUGCUCCAGGCGGGGCGAAUCGCUCGCUGGCAGAGCGUCGCGCAGAAGUACCCCGCUGUAGCCUGGCACUUCGGAGUUGAUAGUGAUGAUCUUGGCGACGAAUUAGAAGUGCAGCUGUGACGGGUCAGCGCACCGACAUCACCACCUGCGCCACCCCCGUCUCGGCCGAAGCUGGAAUAAUGCCGCACGGAGUCUCUUGCAGAGUGGGCCUCCGGGUGGCAUUUCUGUGCCUCGGCACCAGUGGGUGGUAAUUCUAGACCCUCGGCCUCCGCCGUCUGAGAGGCCACCUCUGCCCAGGCCUGGGCGCCUUGGCCCACGUCUGGCUCGGGCGGGGGCGCGGACGGGGGCGGCAUGGGAGGAGGAUGAGGAGCAGGAUAAUGCCUCCUCCUCCUCCGCCUCCUCUCCGGCGCCGAUGAAUUCAGGCGGCUCGCGGGGCAACGGCCCGGCGGGCGGACAAGGCCCUUCCGGCUGCCCUGGGGGUCCCUUGCGAGGGUGCCGGUCUGUCCUGGAGGGAUGAGCCCCCAGGGCCGAGGCGACGGGGAGGGGG